AUGAAGGACAGUGUGAUCAACAACAACAGCAUCUCCCACGCCAGGAAAGCUGUGGAACAACUCAAGAUGGAGUCUUGUAUGGACAGGAUAAAGGUCUCCAAAGCAGCAGCGGAUCUGAUGGUGUAUUGCGAUGCCCACAUACGUGACGACCCCCUCAUCGUGCCCGUGCCCGCCUCGGAGAACCCCUUUAGGGAGAAGAGGUUAUUCUGCACCAUCCUCUGA